AUGGGAGGAGCAAACGAUUCAACAUGCCCAGGACCGAUGAAAGCGACCUCUAAUGGAGUCUUCCAAGGAGAGAAUCCUCUGCAUCACGCUCUGCCUCUUCUCAUACUCCAGAUCUGCAUCGUUCUUCUCCUCACUCGCGUCCUCGCUUUCCUCCUCCGUCCUCUCCGGCAGCCACGUGUCAUCGCCGAGAUCGUCGGUGGAAUAUUACUUGGACCAUCGGCUCUAGGGAAAAGCUCAAAGUUUCUCAACACAGUUUUCCCAAAAAGCAGCCUUACGGUUUUAGACACGCUUGCAAACUUAGGACUCAUCUUCUUCCUCUUCCUCGUUGGUCUCGAGCUCGACCCUAAAUCCCUCAGGAGAACCGGAAAAAAGGCGCUCUCGAUCGCUUUAGCCGGAAUCACACUCCCUUUCAUCUUCGGUAUCGGAACUUCAUUUGCUCUGCGAAGCUCCAUAGCUGAUGGAGUCAGCAAAGCUCCGUUCCUCGUCUUCAUGGGUGUUGCUCUCUCCAUCACAGCUUUCCCCGUCUUGGCUCGUAUUCUCGCUGAGAUCAAGCUUCUUACAACUGAUAUCGGAAAGAUCGCUCUGUCUGCCGCUGCGGUCAAUGACGUGGCAGCUUGGAUUCUUCUUGCUCUAGCGGUGGCUCUCUCCGGCGAAGGAAACUCUCCGCUAACUUCUCUGUGGGUGUUUCUAGCGGGUGUUGGUUUCGUCUUGUUCUGUGUCUAUGUGGUGCAACCAGGGCUUAAGUGGAUUGCUAAACAGUGCCCUGAUGGAGAACCAGUGAAAGAACAAUACGUGUGUUUCACGUUAGGUAUUGUUCUUGCGGCUAGCUUCAUGACUGACUUGAUUGGGAUCCACGCGUUGUUCGGUGCGUUUGUGAUCGGUGUUAUAUUCCCUAAAGAAGGCAACUUCGCGAACUCUCUCGUUGAGAAAGUCGAGGAUCUCGUGUCAGGUCUUUUCUUGCCGCUUUACUUCGUCUCGAGCGGGUUAAAGACGGAUGUGGCUACGAUCCAAGGAGCCAAGUCUUGGGGACUGUUGGUUUUGGUUAUUUUCAAUGCUUGUUUCGGUAAAAUCGUUGGGACAGUCGCGGUUUCACUCUACUGCAAAGUUCCGCUUGAUGAGUCUUUAGCUCUCGGUUUCUUGAUGAACACGAAAGGUCUUGUUGAGCUCAUUGUCCUCAACAUCGGUAAAGACAGAGGGGUUUUGAAUGAUCAAGUUUUUGCUAUAAUGGUUCUAAUGGCGAUUUUCACCACGUUCAUGACGACUCCUCUGGUUUUAGCGGUGUACAAACCGGGUAGAGCCUUAACCAAAGGGGAUUACCAGAACCGAACGGUCGAGGCGACGAACCAUUCCAACAAACCGCUCCGUCUUAUGUUCUGUUUCCAGAGCAUAAUGAACAUCCCCACCAUCGUCAACCUCAUCGAAGCCUCCCGAGGCACGAACCGUAAAGAGAGUCUGUCCGUCUACGCGAUGCAUCUCAUGGAGCUUUCGGAGAGAUCGUCUGCUAUACUAAUGGCUCACAAGGUCAGGAAAAACGGUCUUCCUUUCUGGAACAAAGACAAAUCGGGAAACAGUUCUUCUCCCGACAUGGUUGUGGUCGCGUUCGAGGCUUUCCAGCGACUCAGCCGUGUCUCGGUGCGUCCCAUGACGGCGAUCUCAGCGAUGGCGACUAUACAUGAAGACAUAUGCCGAAGCGCUGAACGCAAACGCGCGGCUACGGUGAUUCUUCCGUUUCACAAACACGUUAGGCUGGACAGAACGUGGGAGACGACUCGUAACGAGUACCGUUGGAUCAACAAGAAGGUUAUGGAGGAAUCGCCAUGUUCCGUCGCGAUUCUGGUUGAUCGCGGACUUGGUGGUACGACACGUGUGGCGUCUAGUGAUUUCACGUUGGUUAUAACGGUUUUGUUCUUCGGAGGGAAUGAUGAUCGCGAGGCGUUAGCGUUUGCGAUGCGUAUGGCGGAACAUCCUGGGAUAAGCUUAACCGUUGUUCGGUUUAUUCCUAGCGAGGAAUUUAAACCGGAAAACGUGAAGAUCGAGAUAAGCGAAGAUCACACCGGUUCAGGUUCAGAGGAAACCAGAUUGACCGAUAUCGAAGCUAUAACCGAACUUAGAGCAAAGAUCAAAGAACAAGAAAGUUCUCGGUCUAAUUCGGAUUCCGAAUCUCAGAUCGUUUACGAAGAGAAAAUCGUGAAAUGUUGUGAGGAAGUUUUCGAGGUUAUGAAUGAAUAUUCAAGAAGCAACCUUUUCUUGGUGGGGAAGUCACCGGAAGGUUCGGUGGCGUCGGGGUUAAACGCGGUAAGAAGCGACACGCCGGAGCUUGGACCGGUAGGGAACUUGUUAACGUCAAGCGGAAGUGUUUCGACGUCGGCGUCGGUGUUGGUGGUGCAACAGUACAGAGCAAGCCGUGAGUCUUCGGUCGUGGGAGUUUUGAAGAACGUCACAGUGGAAGACUCGCCGGUUGGGGACUCCGAGAGUCCUUAA